GUUUGUGGGGUCGGGUGUUAGUGGUGGCGAAGAGGGUGCCAGAUAUGGACCAUCGCUGAUGCCAGGAGGACAUCCCGAGGCCUGGCCACACAUCAAGGACAUAUUCCAGAAGGUGGCGGCUAAGGCCGAUGGCGAGCCCUGUUGCGAUUGGGUGGGCGAUGGAGGGGCCGGACAUUUCGUCAAAAUGGUCCACAACGGCAUAGAGUACGGGGACAUG